AUGUACAUCUCACAGGUGUUUAUCUUGUCCCCACGCGGUGACAAACUCAUCUUCAAAGACUACAGACAAGACGCCCCCCGUAACGCUGAUGAAAUUUUUUUCCGCAAGUACAAAUUUUGGGAUGGUGCGCACCAUCAAGCACCAGAAGGCGACUGUCCACCGUUUUUUAUCGAAAAGGGAAUAAAUUUUUGUUGCGUGAAGCGACGUGAGCUUCUAUUUGUGUGUACAUCAAUGGUAAAUUCGUCACCUAGCCUUACUCUGGAAAUUCUAUUACGUAUUGUUAAAGUGAUAAAGGAUUAUCUCGGUAUACUCUCAGAGGAGAGUGUUCGCAAAAAUUUCACGCUGGUGUAUGAAUUACUAGAUGAAAUGCUUGAUAUGGGAGUACCUCAGGAGCUUAAUGCCGAACGAUUACGUCCAUACAUAUUUAACGAUAUUAUUCCUGUAUCAAAUCCGGAUUCUAAUUAUAUUGAGUCAUUUUUUGAACGCUUAAAGCGUGGUGAGCUGAUGGAGAGGACACGGCGGAGUGAUGCUGCUGCAUCAUCUAUUGUACAGACAUCAGGAGAACGGAAGAAUGAAAUCUAUGUGGACAUUGUAGAACGUUUAAACGUUGUGUUUAACAGUAGUGGUAAUGUGGUAGUCUCAGAUGUGGAAGGUUCUAUCGUUAUGAAAAGUUUUCUUGUUGGAUCCCCUAUAUUGUAUUUAACUCUCAACGAAGACUUGGUUGUAGGACGUGGGGAUGCAAAUAAAACGCGGUACGCAUCUGUAGUCCUUGAUAGCGUAAACUUUCAUGAGGAUGCUGAUUACUCUAGUUUUGAGACACAACGUCAACUUUCAAUUAGACCACCAGAAGGUGAAUUCACUCUUAUGAAUUACAGACUGAGUGCUGAGUGCACACAACCUUUUCGACUUGUACAGUCUGUUGAACUAUUGUCUACACAUCGAGCAGAGAUAACACUACGGGUACGUGCAGAUAUCCCAGCAACAACACAGGGAGUUGCCGUCAAAGUCAUUGUACCAGCUCCACUCUCAUGCACUAACGCAACGGUAGAACUCGGCGUCGGUGCCAUUGGCCAAACAUAUGAUUACAAAGAAGUGGAGAAGUCUAUCAUAUGGAGUAUUGCAAAGUUUUAUGGAGGUACAGAACAAGUGUGCAAGAUUCGAAUUUCCACCUCUACACCCAUUACUGCUGCAAUACGUCGUGAGAUUGGCCCUAUAAUUAUGCAAUUUGAAAUUCCACAAUACAGUGUAACUGGUCUUAAUAUCAGGUUACUCCGUCUGGAAGAGCGCAGCAACUCGUACAAUCCAUCUCGAUGGAUUCGCAACGUGACAGUAGCGAACUCAUACGUGUUUCGUACACACUGA